CUCCGGGGAAUUUGUUGCAUCUCGUCCACCAUGCCCACUCGUGACUCCGGUGCAAUGCAUGAACCGAAGGUUCUCCGAAAGGACCAGUUGGAGAUUAGCUUGCACAACGAGAAAAAGCUGAUCAAGGAGGGCACAAUCAAGGACGAUAACCCUCUUGACCUUAGCGAACCCUUUCGGGAGCUCUGCAAUGCUUGUCGUAAGGGGGACCUCAAAGUCUGUCAGGAGAAGAUCACGGAAGGAGUCAAUAUCAAUGCCCGUGAUCCAUACGACUAUACCCCUUUGAUCCUGGCGAGUCUCUGUGGCCACUACGAAGUUGUUCAGCUGCUGCUUGAGUCUGGAGCUUUAUGCGAACGGGAUACUUUCCAGGGAGAGAGAUGUCUGUAUAAUGCCCUCAAUGAUCGUAUACGGAACCUCCUCCUGGAAUAUGACUAUUCGAAAUCAACGGAUCCUCUGCAGCCACUUGCUGCUCAUGUUACUUCACUUCUCACUCGCGAGAGCCCUGCAACAUCGGAUAUCGUCGUGACAGCAGGCGAUGAGUCGCUCCAUUUGCACAAGUUCAUCCUGGCCGCACGAUCACCCUACUUCCGCAACAAACUGGCGACAGCCCCCGACACGUCAACAUGGAGGCUGCCCAGCACAAUCCCACCAGAAGCAUUCGGGACGGCAAUUAAAUACCUUUACUUCGGCGAAGCCCCGCGCGACAUCCGGAGUGGCCCGGGAACCGGAUUCACCGAGUCGGAGGUCUUGUCGAAUAUCGAUAAGAUCGCCAAGCAUUUGGAAAUCAACACGCUUUUGGAUAGUAUACUGGACAGCGGAGAUCGAAGGCUAGCCAGGCAAAGACGAACGCUCGAAGUUGCCAAGGGGCGAGACCAGUUGGAAGAGUGGUUCCGAGCGAAUGUGCUCCAGCACAAGGUGACCGUGGAAACUUCAAAGGCGGACGAAGUCGAAUGGGACAGAGACAACGCGAUCUUCGCGGACGUAUUGCUCCGAGCGGACGAGGAACCGGAGGAGAUGGACGAUCAGGCGGCCACAAACGGCGACGGCGCGGGUUCACACGUUCCGAAAAGCACUCUAUUCCCCUGCCACCGGGCCAUGCUCCUGCGAUCUGAGUUCUUCCACACGAUGUUCACCUCGCCCUUCCGCGAGGCUCACAUGAAGGACCGCCUGAACAUCAUCCCGGUGGACUGCGCCCCAGACGUCCUGGAGAUCGUGCUCACGUUCCUGUACACGGAGCGCGCGGACUUCCCGCUCGAAAUCACCGUCGACGUGCUCUUCGCCGCGGACAUGCUCUUCAUCGAGAAGCUGAAGAGCAAAGCCGCCGUGGUGAUCAGCACCCUGGGCAGCGGCAACAUGUCGCAGGCGGUAGCCGCCCGCACGCGUGGCACCAAGGAGGAAGACGACCUGGACAUUUACGCCAUCAUCCGCGCGGCCUGGCUGACACGCGUGCAGCGCCUCGAAGAGUUCGCCGCGCGCUACCUGGCUUACCGCUUGGAAGCUCACAUCGACUCGCCGGAAUUCUCGGAGCUAAUCCAGGAAUCCGCCGCCCGCAUCCAGGGCCGCCAGGAGACCGACUCCAUCGAGCUGCUGGACGACAUCCGAUUCUACCUCGGCGAGCGCUUCCGGCUACGGUUCGACGACGCCGGCAUCGACGAGAUGAUGGAGGAGGAAGCACGGCAGGAAUCCAACGAAGAUGCACAAAACGGUGCCGUCGACAAAGUCACCGAGCGCGUCGAAGCACUAGACCUUAAGCCCGCGCAACCCGAAGCGCAACAAGAACCUCAUCCCCAACAACCACUGAUCCGAACCCUAGACGGCGAGGUCGUCGUCGACGAAUUCGACCAGGAUGCGCUCAACUACCAGAUCCUCAUGGACAAACUAGACAGAAUCUUGGAAACGUUGGAGCUGGACGCUUGAGAUUGACGGCGUCUUUUUCUUCUCUGCUUUUCACCCUUCCUUUCUCUUUUCAUAUCAAGGUAGAAGAGCCAUGCGCGAUGAUGAUUCGAUGAUCUAUAUACACGGAAAUGGUACAUAUAUACAUAAGGCGCGGGGAAUUUGGCGCCCUUCGGUGCCCCAGUAGAGGUAGGGCCAGUUUAAACUAUACAACAUACAAGAGAUAGCUAGAUAUAUGCAUUUUUGGAGAUAAUGGAUGGGUCGUGGGUGUUGAAUGCUUCAGCGGUCAUGGUUCCAAAGGAACUGAUUGAAGUGGCCCGGGCCAUUAUCUUAUGAAUAGGAGCGAGUGGGUUGCAUUGUCCCAGGGGAUCCAGGGAACUGGCAUCGUCGCACUAGUAAGCUCGUUACUGACCGAGUCUUACGCAUGCUAGAUAGCACUACCCUGCGAGAAUGAUCUAGUCUCCCACAUAGUAGAAGCUACAU